AGCCGGGCGUCCACCGAAAGCGGUGCUGUGCUGUGCUGGGUGGAGCGGCGUUGAGCGGUGCUGGGUUGCCAAUGCAUUCUUAUGAAGUACCGUCCACUAAAGCUGGGGCGCUGUGCGGCGAGACAAGCUAUGUCGUGCGGGGCCGCAUGACUUCGCUUUGUGUUCGAUUGACGCUGUGCGGAGACGGGCAAACUCGUUUUGUUUUUUUUUUAUUAAUUACGAUAAAAAUGGAACAAUUCAUUGAAACUGUGAGAUUAAAUCCUUGCCUAUGGAAAGUAGAUGAAAAGAACUAUAAAAGUCAAGACGCACGUGAUAUUGUCUGGGAAGAAGUCUCAAAAAAGUGCAAUAUAACAGACGGAAAAGAGGCUAAACGGGUAUGGAAAAAGUUAAGGGAUUCUUUCAGGGACGCUUUAAAAAGGCAAAAUGAAUGUAAAAGUGGGGACGCAGCACCUGCGGUAAAACGGUUGGAAACCAAAAACAAAUGGAAUUUUUGA